AUGGCAUUUCCAUUGCCGCGGGGCAUUAUCGCUUCGGAGAUCGCUUUCCUGGCGGAGAUGGAGACGGUGACGGUUGUUCCUCGUCAGCGCCUGGAAGGGCUGGAGUUACUUGGGGGCCCAGUUGAACCUCUCGUACCACCCCGUCGCGCCUCUCUUCCUCUGUGGCUGGCGUUGCUACUUAAACGCCAGCGCCGCGCCAACAUCAUACCGCCUCUCUGGCUUCACCCAGAGUCUCUCAGCCUGAUCCUCGAAGUUGAGUCACAACAUCAAGAUUACAAGAACGCCUUCUCCCCUCCUCUGCCAUUACCUGGACAGCCCAGCGCUCGGGACCAAGGGCUUGAACCCAAUGCGCGACCCCAGUAUACGUUAGACGGCAGCAGAUACUAUGCAGCACCGCCGUUUUUGCCUCAAAAUACAGCCCAAACAACAACGCCUUCAAGAGAUCCUCCUGCCUUACCGUUCCACUGGGUAGAAGUCGGGAACAUGUUGCUCGACGCCGCCAGUGACGACCUUAUAGAUCCGGAUCAGAUUCGGAGGUUGCUCAAAGAUCUUCGAGAAGUAAGAAUGGCUAAGAUGCGUUCCGGCGUAGACGUUCUGGAUGACGCUGCCAUAGGCGGAGGCGGAGUUGCACUGACCGGAGUCGGCGCAAUGGAACUGGGCGAAGAACGAGGCUUCUUAUCAGGAGUCGUCGAUGGCCUUCGAAAAAUUGGCGCGUCCAAGGAACAGGCUCGCCGAGAGCAAUUGGCGGAACAAAGAGCCAAUGGUGGGUACGAUGGAACCCAAGAUGAGGAAGAGGAUUAUAUGGAAUUCUAA